AUUUAUUGAAGGAUUUGAAGAAAUUAUGACGUCACUAGGAAUUGGAAAUCAUUUGCACACGACAGAAAUGGAAGAGACCAGGAAUCAGUUGGACGAAACCCACUCCUAUGUACCUACAACAAUACACGAAUGCCUAAGCAGCCAGGAUUUGUUGGAUAUAUUUGAGGUUGCUGGUGACGCAGGAAUUGACAAAUCCCAGUUUCAAGUAAUGUGUCCGUCUCUCAUUCAACAACUUCUCAACAACUCUUGCGCCGAACAUGAACAUGAGACACCUUCACAUGAAAGUCCAUCAAAACUUUCAGUGUACGGAUGGGGAACGCUUUCUGUAUUGUGCAUCAGUUUGUUGUCUUUGCUUGGAGCGGCCACUAUCCCGAUGUUGAAUAGCACAACAUACCAAAACUUGAUUCAAGUGUUCAUAGCUCUGGCUAUUGGUACGAUGUCCGGUGAUGCGUUUCUACAUCUCAUGCCAGAGGCACUUGGACUACAUGACCACGAAGAAGGCGGUUCGACAGAAUCUAGCAUUGAUGUUCUGUGGAAGAAUCUUACUGUCGUGAUGUCUUUGUAUGUCUUCUUUCUGUUUGAGAAACUAACCUCCAGCUUGUUCGGUGGACAUAGCCACAGCCACAGUCAUGGGGACCACGAUAAAGUUGAGGAGAAAAUAGAUUGUUAUAACGAAGGUUUCAAAGACAAUACGUUAACGGAAGUCAACGAUGUGGAAAACAAAACGGAGAGCAUUAAUAUGGAGGAAGACAGACGUCAAUCGAAUAGUACACUUAUUGAUAAUAAAAAUGGUGGUGUUAAUUCGUUAAAUGCGAUGAUUCUGAUUGGAGAUGGUAUUCAUAAUCUGAUGGAUGGACUUGCAAUAGGCGUGGCCUUCACCGCCGAUAUAUUAGUGGGCGUGUCCACUUGUAUUGCAGUUAUGUUCCACGAACUCCCCCACGAAUUAGGUGACUUUGCUGUCCUCGUUAAUAAUGGUCUUAGUGUAAAAAAGGCGCUGUUGUGCAACUUCGGCACUGCGUGUAUGGCGUUUAUUGGGUUGUAUAUUGGAAUAGCUGCCGGGGAAGGCACUGCUAUCCAUCAAUGGGUGUUUGCUGUCACAGCAGGAAUGUUCAUCUACGUUUCCCUCGUAGAUUUGAUGCCCGAACUUGAUCACACGAAAUCAGCAAAACCUCUCCAGACGUUUCUACUACAGAACCUUGGUCUGUGUAUUGGAUGGACAAUGAUGGUUCUCAUAGCCUAUUUUGAAGGGGACUUUAGCUUGGGUGACGCUGAGCACGAACAUUGACAACUGAAAAUGUGAAUUCAGACCUAAAAUCACUUGAGGAGCCUUAGAACUUUAUAUAAGCUAUGUUGACUGACGUAGGCAUUUGUAGGUGGUCUACAUGCUACGAAAGAAUAAUGCUCUGACAUAAACGAUAAAAAAUAAUAUAUAACAUAUAAGUGCGAGAAUCAUGGAAUAACGAUUUAAUUGUGUACAUAUAUAUUAUGGUGCGUAUGAAUGUAUUUUUAUUACAUAUCCCAGACUAAGUAAGGCCUGCACUGGAAUAGGCUUAUAUCCGUCUGCGCAUUUUGGAAAAUAAGGGCCUAUUUCCGCGCAGGUUUUGCCGAAACUCAGGUCUUGAACUAAUUUUAAUAUUAUAACAAAUGUAUUAUGCAGUAGUUACCGUACGGUUCUGCAUAUCAGUGAUGGCGCCAGGAUCUGCCCGACAGAGGGGCUAAAGGCACUGGAGCGAAUCAAGCCUCACAUGGCUGGGGGCCAGGGGGCCGCCUAAGGCCCCCGGCAAGGGUCCAGAUGGCUUCACCCCCUAGAAGCCACAGAUAUUUGACGAAUUAUGGCGAAUUUUCAUUACUUAUUAGAUACAUCGAGCUACUAUAAAAUGACUUCAUGUAGGCUAUGUUUUCUAAUGUCAAAAUCAGCAAAUCUAAUGUCGAAAAACAUUUUGAAUAAA